UGAAGCACCUAUGGCGAAAUCUCAUGAGGACUGAAAGGGCGCAUUCUCUAUGCCAUUCACCAUUCACCAUUCACCAUUCACGUAGGUCGCUAAUAAGUAAAGCCAUCAAUUAAUGAUCUCGAUUCCGAUUCUUUCUAGUUUCCUGUUAGCAUCAAUUGACACCCGUUGGCUUUGCAAUCUCAUGUCGGACUCAUACCAUGUUCAAUCCUGUGGGUUGAUACUUGCAGUCUCAUGCAGGACUUGGUGGCGGGUUCGGCGGGUAUUGAGGAGAAGAAGGCGAUUCGUCGACCGAGUGAGGCAUUGUGCAUUCUUUGAUGUCCGGGAUAGAGGCAGAGUAGAUGUAUGUGUUUAGACCAUACCACAAUGCUGACAUAUUCGACCCAAAGAGACCGCAACCAACUUCAGCGUGGCUUCUUGGACGGUUUAAGAAACCAGCUGAUGAAAUUAUCCGCUUGAAACCCGCCUAAUCAGAGGAAAGAAUAUAAUAGAAUAAAGAUGUUUCAAUAUGUCGAAUAUCCAGACAGCUGGACCAUUUCAAAUUGGGGCAUGUAACCCUUUUAUAAUGUCCAGCCGUCUAUUAACGCUGGACUGGACAUAGACCAAUUCACUAUUUCAAUUCGCCUUACAUGUACAUUAUUCGCUACAUGCAUUAUUCAGUCCAACGGAUAGCAGCUGCCGGUUCCGCACUCGUGCAUGUGCAAGGC